UUGGACACAUAUGAAAAGGGAACAACGUGGCAGUAAAGAUGAGGUGGCGACUGUCGAAUCGAGUGAGGUGGCGAGUGUUUCUGAGGAGAUGAUGAGUCAAAUGGCUUUCUUCCUCGGUCCUCCUCCUCAUCAUCGUCAUACAGACAUACACAUACGCCCUCCUCAACUUCAACAUAUCAGUAAGUUAGUAAACCAUUGAAUUUGAUCAUCGCCAGCAGCCAGAGUGAGUCUCCCUCCCAACUAAAAUGCAGGACCUCAAGCCAACGGCUACUUCUCCUUUGGAAGUUAAGCAAAUCACAGCUCCCUAUGGCUCCUGGAAAUCUCCCAUCACCACCGACGUCGUCUCCACCGCCUCCAAGCUACUCGCUGGCACCGCCGUCGAUUCCCUCGGCCGCCUCAUCUGCCUCGAGUCUCGCCCCAAUGAAUCCGGACGAAUGGUGGUGGUGAGAGAACCGGAGAGGGCAGGGGAGGGACCCGUUGAUAUUACCCCCAAGGAGUAUGCGGUGCGCACAGUGGCUCAGGGCUCCGAAAGUGGCGGUGCCUUCAGAGUUUCAGCGGAUACAGAUACCCUAGUUUUCUCCAAUUACAGCGACCAACGCCUUUACAAGCAGUCCUUAACUUCUUCCACUAUUGAUGAUUCUUCUCCUACACCACUCACUCCGGAUUAUGGUGGACCAAUUGUGAGUUACGCUGAUGGGAUGUUUGAUGCCCGCUUAAAUCGUUAUAUAACUCUGCGGGAAGAUGCUCGUCAAAGCACCGGUGAUCCCAUCACAACAAUCGUAGCAGUAGAGCUUGACAGCACGGAUAUUCGGGAACCAGAAGUACUAGUAGGUGGAAGCGACUUCUAUGCCUUCCCUCGUCUGGACCGCAAAGGUGAACGAUUGGCAUGGAUUGAGUGGUCUCAUCCCAACAUGCCAUGGGAUAAAGCUCAACUCUUGGUUGGCUACAUAUCUGAGAUAGGAGAAGUCUACAAACGUAUCUGUGUUGCUGGCUGUGAUCCUGCAAUCAGAGAGUCUCCAACUGAACCCAAGUGGUCAUCUAAAGGGGAACUAUUUUUUAUUACUGACAGACAAAAUGGGUAUUGGAAUCUGUAUAAAUGGGUUGAGUCUAAUAAUGAGUUGAUAUCUGUUUAUUCUUGGGAUGCUGAGUUCUCCAGACCAUUAUGGAAUUUUGGAAUGAAUUCUUAUGAACUUAUUCAGAGCCAUGAGCAAAAUAUCUUAAUUGCUUGCAGCUAUAGGCAAAAUGGAAGGUCAUAUCUCGGAAUUCUGGAUGAUGUUCAGAGCUCAUUCUCUGUGCUUAAUAUUCCUUUCACGGAUAUAGAUAAUAUUACUUUAGGGAUCAAUUGCCUAUACGUGGAGGGAGCAUCAGAAGUUCAUCCACUGUCUGUAGCGAAGGUGACUUUAGAUGACCAUAAAUCAAAAGCAGUUGCAUUCAAGAUUAUUUGGUCUUCUUCACCUGAUUGUUUAAAAUACAAGUCCUACUUCAGCUUACCCAAAGUUAUUCGAUUCCCAACAGAAGUUCCUGGUCAAACUGCCUUUGCAUACUUUUACACACCAUCAAAUCCUGAUUACCAAGCCACUCAUGAAGAAAAUCCUCCACUGUUAUUGCAAGCCCAUGGAGGACCCACAUUUGAAUCACGCGGAAUCUUAAAUCUGAGUAUUCAGUACUGGACUAGUCGGGGUUGGGCAUUUGUUGCUGUUAACUAUGGUGGAAGCAGUGGUUAUGGCAGAGAAUAUCGUGAAAGGCUCUUGAGGAAAUGGGGGAUUGUGGAUGUAAAUGACUGUUGCAGCUGUGCUAGAUAUUUGGUGGAUUCUGGGAAGGUAGAUGGCAAACGGCUGUGUAUUACUGGGGACUCUGCAGGUGGUUAUACAACCUUGGCUGCUCUUGCUUUUAGAGACACCUUUAAGGCAGGAGCUUCCUUGUAUGGUAUAGCUGACUUGACAAUGUUGAGGGCAGAAACUCAAAAAUUUGAGUCUCACUAUAUUGAUAAUCUUGUUGGUAGUGAAAAGGAUUACUUUGAAAGGUCGCCAAUCAACUUUGUUGAUAGAUUUUGUUGCCCCAUUAUCUUAUUUCAAGGAUUGGAAGACAAGUCUGUACCCCCAGUACAAGCUCGUACAAUAUACCAUGCUUUAAAGGACAAGGGUCUGCCUGUUGCUCUUGUGGAGUACGAAGGAGAACAACAUGGUUUCCGCAAGGCUGAGAACAUUAAGUUCACGCUGGAGCAGCAAAUGGUUUUCUUUGCGCGGUUAGUUGGACACUUCAAGGUUGCAGAUGACAUUACCCCAAUCAAAAUUGAUAACUUCGAUUAAGCAUUCACUAAAAGAGAUUCAGGACCGUGAAAGAGACCCAAAGCCAUUGGCAAGUGCACUGACAGCAGGAUUGAAGGCCAA